AUGGCUGAUUUAAGCUACUUUACGUUGUCGUUAACGUCCAAUUUUCUAAGGGAAAAUUCUGCUCUUUUGAUAUACAUUGACAUUGACGAAUGCAGUAAUGCUCGAGCUGAUCAAUUGAACAAAUGUCAUGCAAAUGCCUCUUGCAUUAAUACUAAUGGUUCAUACAACUGUUCUUGUAAUCCUAAAUACAUUGGGGAUGGUUUUAACUGUGAAGCCGAUCCUUGCUAUAAUUACAAAAACCUCAGUGAUGCCUCUAGAAAUAGUAGUUACAAAAUACGCGAGAACCAAUGUGAUGACAAACUCCAAGAGGGAUGGUAUCGUUUUGUCGGAGCUGCAGGAACAAAAAUGCCAACAACGCGUGUGCCAGCAUUCAGUUGUGGUACAGUCUUCUCUGGCUGGUUAAUGAGAGAAGAUGCUCCUCCGUCCAGGAAGGUCUGCUUCAGUGAUAAAAACACUGGAUGCAAAAAUACUGUAAGUAUCUCUGAGAAAGAAUGUGGAUCCUACUAUAUUUACAAACUUUAUCCGACAAACUGUCCAAGGCGUUAUUGUGGUUCAGAUUGA